AUGAUUCGGUUCACCAACUUCUUCAAGCUGUUCAUGAUUAACAUUCUCCAAAUUCAUUUGGUGUAUGGUCAAUUUGCUUGCAGUGACACAAGCCUUCCGUUUUGUGCGAGGAAUAUAACGGCAGCGGAUCGACGAAGACCACGAGGGCCGGGAACCAUAAAGGAAGACGUCUGGUUCAUUCUCAACCCCCGUAAGGAUCACGAAGGUUUAAAUACCUGUCAAGAUUUAAAGAUCCUCCGGCGAGACGCAGAGUGGGAAAUCUGCUGUCGAUGGUCAGAUUCCGCAUCGGUCGGUUUAGAUCCCAUGCAGGAUGACGCACAUAUCACGGCCCGUUCUACUGAACAUGGUCUUCAAACAAGUUGUUGUACUCCUAAAGAUCGACCAGUCAAGACAAAAUUACCAGUAUGCAAAUAG